GCCCCCCCUCGGGGGGCAGCGCCGGGGGGGGCCGCCCUCUCCCACCGCCCCCCCCCCCCCCAACCUUCCCCCCCCUGCCCCCCAUGGAGCACCAGUCCAUCAUCGCCCAGGUUAGCAGGGAGGAGGGGAGCGCCCCGCUGCAGGAGAAAGGUACCCAGACCCCCGCCAAGAAGCCGCGGAGCCGCAGCAUCCUCCAGUCCCUCUUCUGCUGCCUGUGCCGGGAUGAGGGGGAGCCCCGCGCCGGCACCACCAGCGCCCCGCUGCUGGUGGAGGAGAACGGGGCCCUGCCCAAGGCUGCCGUCAAACACCUCCUGCCCGAGAUCAAGCCGCAGGACGCCAGCAAGCUCUGCGUGGUCAUCGACCUGGACGAGACGCUGGUGCACAGUUCCUUCAAGCCGGUGAACAACGCCGACUUCAUCAUUCCCGUGGAAAUCGAUGGCAUCAUGCACCAGGUGUACGUGCUCAAGCGGCCGCACGUGGACGAGUUCCUGCAGCGCAUGGGCGAGCUCUUCGAGUGCGUGCUCUUCACCGCCAGCCUGGCCAAGUACGCGGACCCCGUGGCUGACCUGCUGGAUAAAUGGGGGGCUUUCCGAGCACGGCUUUUCCGGGAAUCCUGCGUCUUCCACCGCGGCAACUACGUGAAGGACCUGAGCCGCCUGGGCCGCGACCUGCGCCGCAUCAUCAUCGUGGACAACUCGCCCGCAUCCUACAUCUUCCACCCCGAUAACGCUGUGCCGGUGGCCUCCUGGUUCGAUAACAUGGCGGACACGGAGCUGCUGGACCUGCUGCCCUUCUUCGAGAGGCUCAGCAAGGUGGAGGACGUGUACGCAGUGCUCAAGAAGCAGCGGACUAACAGCUAGUGCCCCCCCCCCUCCCCGGCACCGCCGUGGCAGCCGGGUGCCUUAUUUUGGGGAGCAGGGAGGGGGGGGGGGUGUUCCCCCCGGUGUGCCCCCCCCCCCCAGCAUCGUCCUCCCCAGCCCCGGUGGGCGCGGGUGCCCUCCCUGCCCGCUGGUGGUGGGAGAUGUGGGUGCCCCCGCCGGGGACCUGGGUGUCCCCCCUUCCUGCGGAGGAGGGGGGGCCGUGGGUAACCCGCUGCCUUGCCGUGCUGGGGACCCAUUAGGGGGGGGGAGUUCCAGUCCUUCCCAACCCCCCACAACCUGUGUCCCCCCUCCCCGAAACGGUUCUCAGGUCCUUUUCCCCUCCGUGUCCCCCCGAGUGGGGAGGGGGGGGGGGUCAGCAGCUGCUGCUUUCCACUGCCUUUGGGGGGACUAGACCCCCCCAAUUUGGGCUCUGCCUGCUGCGGGGGCGGGGGGGCGGAGGCCCUCGGCCCCUGUUUGCAGGGGGAUGUAAGAAGGGUUCACUUCUCCCUUACCAUCCCCCCAAAAUGGGGGGGGGUGUUGUAUUUGCCUUGGUGCAUGGGGCUGUUGUCACCAUACCCUUAAAUCUGCCCUUGGUGCAGCUGAUCACCUCGGGGGGGGGGGGGGGGGGGGCAUGUCCCUACCCCUCCCCUGUGCCUUCUGCUGCCCCCCCGCCUAGGGGGGGUGUUUUGGGGGGGGCAGCCUGGCCUCAGGGCUGAGUCCCUGGCCACAAAUGCCCCGCCACGUGCCUUGGGACACCACGUCUACGUGCCGCCCCCGCCCCAGCCCUACAAGGGGUGUGCCUGGGGGGGGGUCUCUUAACUCACCUCCUCCAACCUCGGUUUCUUCCCAUGGAGGGGGGGGGGGAGUCUGGUGGCCUCCUCCCUCCCCAGUUACACUGUGUCAGUGGGAGCCACUCCAGUCACUGGUGGGGGGGGUUCCUUCCGUCGUGGGGGGGGGCAUGCACCCCCUCUGCAGCUUCACUAAAGGCUGCGACUCCCAGGGGAGAGGGACCCCCGUACCAGCCUUAGCGUGUGUCCCCCCCCCAGCCUUACUCCAGCCCCAGCCCCCCAGAUGGGGCAGGGGUGGGGGGCACAGCAUGUCGUCCCCCCCCCCCACCACCUUCCUGCAGCCUGGGGUUACCCUGACCCCCGUGGGGUUGGGCUUGUGCCAGGGUGUCCCCCAGCCUCGAGGGGAUGGGGGGGGUCUCAGGGAGGGUUUUUUUUUUUGAGGGGGGGGGAGCUGAGCUCAGCCAGGCCUUUUUUAGUGUCGCAAUAUGGACAAUGUUUCAUAUAUUUUUAGGGGGAAAAGCAACGGUUUCCCAAAAAAAAAUCAUGGGUGCCUUUUUACCGCUGUGCCAGGGAAGGGGGGGGGGGCAGUAUUGGGGAGGGCGGGGGGGGAUGCGAGGGGUUUUAUCUCUCCGGUGCUGUCUGGCCGGCUCCUGCCGGCACUGCCCUUCUCCAAUGCUGGGUGCCAGGGGCAGGUGGGGGUCCCCCCAUGCCCCUGCCUCCACCCCCUGCCCCAUGGUGGGGUGGGAUGGGGGAUGCUGCGGCAUCCCCGCCCCCGCCCCCCCCCCCCCCAGACCCCCACCUGCCCCUCCAGGAGGGUUGAACUCAGCACUUUAUAUUCGACAAGUCAAACGGCACCAGCGAAGCCCCCUGCCCAGCAAGCACCCGUGGGCGCUGCAGCCCCCACGCUGGGCACCCUUGGGGGGCCCGGGGGGGUCUGGAGGUGGCAACUGGGGGGGCUGGGGAGGGCUGGGGGACCAGAUCCAAGUGCCUUCAUGUGAUUAAAGCUGUCAAACCAUCUUGGAAAGGGGUUG